GGUUGGCCGCCUAUUUCUUUCAGCAGCCUAUGGAUCAAGUGAUCGUGUCCGGUCAAUCGGUGACAUUAGCAUGCGUGAUCAUGGGCUACCGUGGCAUGGUUCAGUGGACCAAGGAUGGGCUGGCCUUAGGGGGGGAGAGAGACCUACCCGGUUGGUCCCGCUAUUCAAUUGUAGGAGAUGCCUCUGCCGGUCAACACAACUUACGCAUCGACUACGCUGAACUAGACGACGAUGCUGUUUAUGAGUGCCAAGCCACACAAGCAGCGCUGCGCUCCCAGCGAGCUAAACUUACUGUGCUUAUCCCUCCCAAUGACCCUGAGAUUCACAGUGGCCCCAUUGUCCAUGUCAUAUCCAACAUCCCCUACAACCUUUCGUGCCGCGCAUCUGGAGCCAAGCCAGCAGCUGAAAUCACCUGGUAUCGUGAUGGGCAGCGACAAGAAUCAGCUGUUUACUCCAAGUCCCUGAUGGAUGAUGGCAAGCGGGAAGUGGCUGUCAGCACCUUCCUCUUAAUCCCAAGCAGCCGAGACAGGAGCAGCACCUUCACCUGUCGUGUCAGCAACCCAGCAGCCCCUGCUGGCAAGCAGACCUCAGUCACCCUUAACGUUCAGUAUCCACCCGUUGUGAUCCUGUCUGUACAGCCACAAACUGUGCCUGAAGGCGGCAAAGUGAGCUUCCUCUGUACCGCAACUUCCAAUCCUGAAGUGACUGGUUACCGGUGGGCUAAAGGAGGUGUCCCCAUCCCAGAGGCCAACGGUGACAGCUACGAAGCCACAGUUGACCAGUCUUUCUUCACAGAGCCCGUGUCGUGUGAAGUGUCCAACGCUGUGGGCAGCACCAAUGUUAGCACUCUGGUGGACGUCCACUUUGGGCCUCACCUUGUCUCCCAGCCCAAGCCCCUGACGGUGGACAUCGGCUCAGAUGCCUCUUUCACCUGCACCUGGACUGGGAACCCACCUCUAACCUUGGCCUGGACAAAGAAAGGAUCCACUGUGGUGCUGAGUAACGGCAACACACUGCAUCUCAAGGCAGUGACACAAGAGGAUGCCGGGGUGUACGUGUGCAAAGCCAUCGUGCCUCGCAUUGGAGUGGCCGAGAAAGAAGUGACCCUGGCUGUGAAUGGUCCACCCAUUAUCAGUGCUGAAUCAAGCCAGCAGACAGCAGUGGGAGCCAAGGCCCGUCUGGAAUGCUUGGUGGAAAGCGUGCCACGGCCGGACCGGAUCGCCUGGGCGUGGGGCGAACGGAUGCUGGACACUGGCUCCCUGGACCGUUUCACAGUGGACACCGUAGUGACUGAGCAAGGGGUGCUCUCAGCUCUGCUGAUCGACCCAACCCAUGACGACGACUUCGCACUGCCCUACAACUGCACGGCGUGGAACCGCUUUGGCGCCCGCUCCGUGGCAGUCAGCUUACGCCGCCAAGAGGUCCUGUCUGUCCUGAUGUUGGGUGCUUUGGCUGCCUCGGGCGUAGUGGCUCUCUUGCUCUUAGUGGUUUUUGUCUCUCUCUGCUAUCGACGUAAGCGCUGCGGAAAAGCCAAGCGGGGGACGCAGCUGUCUAAGGCCGAUAUCCUCGUGCAGAUCACCACAAGCGAGAGCAGCCCCAGCAGGCCCAGCGAGGUGGAAGAUGACGCCAAGGAACCCAUGGACCCCACCAAUGGCUACUACAAGGUGCGUGCCCACGAGGAGCCCUGCUUGGGGAGCAGCUUUUCAGAAUACACGCCAGCCCCCCGGCCUUUGUUCGGGCCAACGUCCCUGUACCCUUCCGCGGGGCCGGUGCAACCAAAACUCUUUGACUACACCCACCGCUACACCUUGGGCACCCCCAGUUCCCGCUCAGCCUACGACACCACCCACGAGCGGCUUUUCCCUCCAGAGAACAUAUACAGCGGGGCGACAUACCUCACCGCUCCCUACAGCCGGGCGUUCACCAGCUACGUCAAGCCGAGCAGCUACGAGAAAGCUGAGAGCGGUUACGAGCAGUCCGACCAAGCCAGCAAGGCUUCGGGCUGCUCCCGUUUCUCCUACACUUCCUUGUCUCAGCAGUCUGACUAUGGGCGCCCUGCUCAACAGCGCAUGCAGACCCACGUAUGA